ACGUUUAAGUCUAAUCAUAGGAACAGCAUGGAGAUACAGCCUGAAGUUUGAUGCCUUGUUGGAACGGCAGAAAAGAGAAGCCAUGCCCAUUCCAAAGAGCCACUCUAGCAAGCGACAAGCAGAUUCAGAGUUUGCACAUAUGAUAGACAUACAAGAAUUCUGCAAAGCAGAAGAAGUUGAUGAGGACAGUGUCUAUGGUGUACUCAUCUCUUUCAUUGAAAUCUAUAAUGAUUACAUAUAUGAUAUGCUGGAAGAAGAACAGUUUGAUCCCAUAAAGCCCAAACUCCCACAAUCAAAGAUGCUCCGAGAAAAGAACCACAAUACUUACGUUGCAGGAUGUACAGAAGUAGAAGUGCAACCC